GGUCAAUUAAUGCAAGAAAUAGAAUCCGUUACAUAGUUCAUAAGUGUGUAACAUGUUUUCGUUUGAAGCCACAUUUAUCAAAAUAUUUGAUGGGAAAUUUGCCUAAAGAUAGAUUUGUAUCGACAAGGCCAUUUGUAAAUGCGGGUGUAGAUUAUUGCGGACCUUUUUUUAUAAAGGAAAGGAAGUUUCGAAACCGCAAUAAGCUUAAGAUUUAUGUAGCCAUAUUUAUUUGUUUAUCAUCUAAGGCUGUUCACUUAGAGGUAGUGAGCGAUUUAACUACAGAAGCAUUUUGUGCAGCAUUAAGAAGAUUUUUUAAUCGUCGAGGCAAAUCUAAUUUGUUAAUGUCAGAUAAUGCCACUAAUUUUACUGGUGCGAAUAAUCAUUUACAUGAGUUAUAUCAAUUGAUUAAUUCCGAAAAUCACAAACAAUUGUUAACAAAGUGGCUUGGUGAUCAGGAAGUUUCCUGGAAAUUUAUUCCUCCUCGAUCACCUCAUUUUGGUGGCCUUUGGGAGGCCGCCGUGAGGUCAUUUAAGUUUCAUCUCAUUCAAGUAAUGAAAGAUACGUUGUUGACGUUUGAACAAUUUAAUACAGUAGUUAUCGAGAUUGAAACAGUUUUAAAUUCAAGACCGUUAACUCCAGUGUCACAAAAUCCAGAAGACUUAAUGGCUUUAACACCAAGUCAUUUUUUAAUCGGAGAUUCUCUUUAUUCAGUGCCAGAGCCAGACUUUACAACUACUCCUACCAACAGAUUAUCUGUUUGGCAACAUGUUCAAAAGAUUAAACGCGAUUUUUGGAAUCGUUGGCACAAAGAGUAUCUUAAUGAGUUAAAUCAACGAUCUAAAUGGAAAUCACAAGAGAAUAAUAUUCAAAUUGGUUUAGUUUUAGUUAAGGAAGACAAUAUGCCUCCUUUGCGUUGGCCAUUAGGACGGAUAGUUGAAUUGCAUCCUGGCAGUGACAAUGUGAUACGCGUUGUAACAAUUAAGACUGUUACCGGAUUAUAUAAGCGAAAUGUUAGAGCGUUAGCUUUACUUCCCAUUGAGUAUUAAUGUUAAUUUAUGAACUUGUUAGUUUAUAGGGGUCGGAAUGUUUAGUUGCUUAUUUUAUGUUUGGGCCCAGAGCGGGGAUUACGGCCCUGCUGGAGUAUGCGCAGGAGUUUGGCGCGAAGAAGCGGCGGUGAAGAAAGAGGAAGUAAGAAGUAAUGGCGUUCAAUGCGAACCAACGGCGAUUUUGUAUUGCGUAGAAUAGUGUACCAGAAAGAGAAAUAUAUUUCUUCAAUCAAAGAUAUUUCACUGAAAACCC